CUCGGAUCGCACGCGCGAUGGACACACUCAUGCUGUGCUGCUUGGGUUGUCGAAGGCAGUCGCGGCGGACGAACGUCCUCAUCGCGCACUUUGAAGGUAUCAACGCCGUCUACCCAGGUACCGUGUACAUGUGCCUGGUCAACGGCCGCGACGAGAUCGUGGCGCAGAAAGCUGCCGCAGACUCGACGUCGGUGCAUUUACUGCGUCCAGAGGAACUGCCGAACGUGAUCUCGACCCUUCGACGAUCGGUUGCUUUAUUUGCCAACACACUCCACCACCCCGACACCGCCCCGCAUCAUGCCGUGCAUAUUAAAGGAGAUCGGCAUGUCUUCUCGUCCUACGGCCUUCCCAACCACUAUGUGCUUGCAUUCUACACUGUCAUGCCCACGGACGCCAUCGCCUCAUGGAACUGCACCGCGGCCGACGUUCGCCUCGAGUCGAUCCUUCAAGACCUUUCCCGUCUCCUCGACCAACAUCCCUCGUGAUGCUACAUUGUCGCUCGAUCGUUCUUCGUAUGUAUGCUAGUAUGAAUUAUCAUCGUCGAACG